GUUUUUAGGCGCGCACUUAUCCAGUUCAAAUACGUCUGAUGACGCAGUUUCUGCCGCCUAAUCUGUUAGCACUCUUCGCGCCCCGCGACCCCGUACCUUUUCUCCCACCGAUCGAAAAACAUGCGCAUCAUCGAAAAUUACCCUAUACCGGUGUUGCCCAAUUUUUGGGUGAAUUUGAAGACCCAUCAGAAACGAAACCAGCCGUUCGAAUCGAAACACGAGAGGAACGGAAAGAGCGGAAGAGGAGAGAAAAACAAGAACAAGCAAAUUACAAGCUGGAACAGGAUCUUGCCUUAUGGAAUCCGAAAAAGAAUCCUGGUGCUACAUCCAACGCUUACAACACUAUGUUUGUUGCCCGCAUGAAUUACGACACCAGUGAAGGAAAGCUGCGCCGUGAGGCAGAAGCUUUCGGACGCGUUACCCAGAUUGUGAUGGUGAAAAACAAGUUGACCGGUAAACCACGAGGAUACGCAUUCGUGGAGUUCGAGCAUGAACGAGAGAUGCACGCUGCUGUCAAAGGCCUAAACGGUAAGAAGGUCGACGGAAUGCGGAUUCUAACCGACAUUGAACGUGGAAGAACCCGACCGGAUUGGAGGCCUCGACGUCUAGGUAAGGGUUUGGGUAAAAACCGCCAAGGACCCAGUGAAAAACCCAAGGUCAGCAGCAAGCAUGAGAACGGUCGUGAACCUCCUAGCCAUGGGCGUAGUUACGGACGUGCAACUGGGUACAUUCGAGAACGGGAGUUUGAUCGCCGGAAACGGAGUCGUUCUCGUAGCCGUUCGCGCGAUCGUGAUCGACGACGAAGCCGCAGUCGGGACAGGUAUCGAAAGCAUCGUAGCCCUGAAGGUGAUAGAAGCUCCAAGCGUGGUCGUGACCGGCGUGAGGAUAUGAUGCGACAAUAUGGAGAGUAUGGCGCCGAAAUUCGAGCGGAGUACAGUGGAGAUAUGUGA